CUUUCGUGAAUGAAAAUUUCGUCUUGAACCAAUUAGGUUUUGUUUUUUGUUUCUCGACACGGACAGACGCUAUUUUUUCAAAAACUAUUUACGGACGUCGAAACCCGGAAAUUCUUCCUCAACCAAUUGACGCUCGGGAGGAAAAACGUCAAAAACGAUGGCAAAGUUGUCACCUAUCAAUCAAAAUGCGUAGUGCAAGAGUGCUUCUCUACCGGUAUGGUACAAAGGAAAAAAAUGGUUCAUUUUCGAAUWUCGAGGCUCAUCUAAAAUCGAGAACUUUAUGGAAUCGCACAUUUCAUUAUGAAGCUAACGAGAGACUUAUCAGAAUACAGAAAUUUGGUGACGCUAGCGGCUGUCGCGGUCUCUACACUGGCUACCGCAGCCAUAUGUUGCAACAUCAAGGAGCGGCAGAAACGUCGAUCCGAUUCCCAAUGGGAAAAGAAGCGGCUAGAGGAACGAACCGGCCGCAUUCGUGCCGAAGUUAAACUGAGAGAAGCGCUAUCAAAACUUAAGAAAGCAAACAUAGAGUCGGGCGACGAACACRUCUUUCCUCUCUCCACAGUUGGUAUAGUCCAUGCACCUUAUCCGAAACGCAUGGGAACGCCACGACAAGGUGCUCUAGUCCCUAGUUCACGCGGUUGCAUUCAAUUUGUGAAGUCCAUCUCUCCAGAAGUAUUGGAUGGCAUCCAACAGUACAGUCAUCUAUGGGUAAUAUUCCAAUUUCACGAAAACACAUCGCUGGCUACCUCCACAAAAACCAAGAUCAGACCGCCCCGUGGUGGAGGGAUUAAGGUUGGACAAAUGGCAACGAGAUCACCACACAGACCGAAUCCCUUGGGAUUGUCACUUGUUACAAUAGAUCGGUGGGAGCCUUCGACGCGAAGGUUGUUCAUUAAAGCCCUCGAUCUGGUGGACGGAACGCCUGGUAUGUUCGAAAGACAUGCAUGUUUUGUCCAUUUCUCGAUACAUUGUGCUCGUCAAUCGCUCACUUAGUUAUUUUCUCUCUCGUCUAUUCAAGUCUACGACGUGAAACCUUACGUACACUGGGACAUCCCUAACGAAGUUAAAGUCGUCGAGACUCCACUGAACGGAAUUGGACUAAAACUUCCACACUGGGUAGAAAACAAAAACGAUGUCUUAGCAAGCGUCGUUUUCGAAACGGAAGCGGAAGACUCCCUGAGAUACUUUGUACGACAAAACAAGCUGAGCCCAUUACUGUAUCCAAGCAAGGACUCGAUGUCCUUUGUCGCAGCAAAGCAGACACUUAUAGAAAUUUUGUCUCAGGAUCCGAGAUCUUCACACCGGGGUCUUUCGAAAAAUCAACGGGGAAGCAUUUCUUCCAUCUCCACAAGCUCCGUGAAGGGGAGCAAAUACGAUGAUAACGACGAUGAGAGWGAUAUAUAUCGACUAUCGUUUGGAAAGUUGCUAAUAGAAUUUUUGGUGACGGACAAAGGAGCCAUUGUGAGGAGAAUCCUCGAAGACAUUCCGAGAGAGGCAAAUGUCAUUACGGAUUGAUGCAAAAAAGAUGGGAGCAGGAAAACAUCCAGAUGACUGAGGCCAAAGAAGUCUACGUUUCGGCCUGAUAUUCUGAUGCAAUAACRAUGCGGUCAUUCUUCGAAAUGACCAGGUCGACAUUUGUAGCUUAAUAGCAUGACAUUCAUUUGAAGAUAUUGUUGCAUGCCUGUGCCUUCCUGGAUAAACGACAAUUCAAUAGUUCAACUGGAGAUACAGUAGUAGUGAAUAAAAUUCAUUCUAAUGGGUCGUGCAAUUUGWAUUCAUAGACUUUUCUCUUCCUGAGAUAGAUACAUCAACUGACCAGCCACAUAUUUUUGGAUAUACCCGACUUGAUGACGGGAAGCAUCAGUACUGAACUACUUUUUAGCGAGCAAUUAAAGUGAAUUUUCUCCGACUGAAAAUGUCUCGAUGUGGGGGUAAUCAUACAUUUGGCCCUUUCCAAGUCCCCCGCCAACGUAAUGCCAUCGUCGCUUAAGCCAUGAAUAGAUUUCAAAACGAACUGCGUAAACAUAAGUGAUACGAAAAAUAACAUCCAAACCAAAAAAUAAUGACAAUGUUAUCUCAUUUCGACUUACCUCUGCUGCGAUUGGAGUGGUUCAUGUCCAUAUAGAAAGUAAAGUCGCUGUCUGCUUUGACAUAUACAAGCUCAUGAUAUACGCUUGAUACCUGGUAAGAACCAAAUGGUUUGCGUCUUGCUAUAGUAUUUCCCUGUAUGACUUCCCAUCCAACUUCGAACGGAUUUUCGACACGGGGGAUAAAAAUAUAAACCCCUAAUGGAACCCAUUGUGUUGUCAACGAAGAGUCACCAUUUAACUGCCCGCCGUCAAUGUUUGAAUUUCUAUUUCCGGGAUCUAAUGUACGAGGAAUUGCCGUGGGAAAUGGUGUAGGUUCUAUUGUUUGAUCCCAAGUAGGCUGUUCUGUGACCGGAACGAAGGGGGUAGAUAUCGGUGGUGGUCUCAGAUCUAUCGUAUGUUCUGAUUCAAUGGGCAUAUUUGAUGGGCUUGCGAUUGGUAGCAAAGUAAUCCUUUCCGGGGCAGAGCCAAAAGUUGGUUUUGUUGUUGGACUUCUUGGGCUUAUCGACAGCGUAGUUGUAACUUCUUUAAUGUUGCUUGUCGUUGAAACCGGCAUGAAAAAAUUACCUGAAGUAUGAGGUGCAUAUGUGUAUGCUGGAUGUAUUGUGGGGGAAAAUGUUGGUGUUCCCGGUAAUGAAAUCGAUGGAACAAGACUUUUCUCAAGACUGCUACCCAAAGKAGAUGGCGAAGGAGAUUGGAAAGUAAAUGGUUCCGACGACAAUGAUUCAUGUUGCUUUGUUGCCUUGCCACUCGGAGUACUAUCUUGGCCAGCCAUCGAAUCUGUUGAUACAGAUACAUCUCCAUCUAAACCGAAAAAUGUGCUGUUUCCAAAUUCCUUGCUCACUCCGCAAGAGAGCGGUGGUUUUUCCGAAAAAUAGCAGAUGGUUUCCUGAAUCCAUUCGUAACCAGCGGAAAGGCGAGAAUAUAC